CGCCCGCACGGCAAUUGCAUUGUGAGAAUGGUGUUCUCGUACGGCGCGUACGAGUACGAUUAAGUGGGUAGAUGUCGAGGAGUGAUGUAAGGUAUUAGGCGUGCUUUCGAACACAGAAGUAAUAGUUGAGUGAGACGACGGACAACUUGAAGGCGGACGAUGUCAGACACACGAUGUUUGCUGUCUCAAAUGGGCCACGAAUUUACCCAGAGCACGAGUCCGUCGUUCAGUCGAUUGGACGGCAAUUGGUUCAACUCUGGACACCCGACUCGGACGCGACCACUGCACGAAGAGCAGCACGCCAGCCAUAUCGGGAAGGACGGGUGCUUGACGAGCAGACGUCCGCACUCGCAGCACUUGCACGCGCGAAUCGUUCUCAUGGUGGCUGACGUGCUCAGAUCCGAUCACGGCCGUGCAUCGAGCCAUGGACGCCGCGCAGCAUCUACAAGUACAUGGUGUCCAAGCAUACGUGGUCAGCGAGGGAUGCGGCGUGAGGCAACAACGGACGUACCGGGUCUAUCGCGCGGUACACCGGAUUCGCGUGGUACACCGGAUUCGCGCGGUACACAGGGUUCGCGCGGUACACAGGAUGAAAGACGAGUACGGUAAGUGCAUGGUGUUCGGCGUGGAGAAGACCCCCGCCUUGGAGCACGUAUAGAUGGCUCGCCGAACGUCGAGAGAUGUUGGGCAGACGCGCGGAAGAGCUUGAGGCAGAUCCAUUCAAUGUUG